CCCGCGAAUAAUGAUGGCCAUGUGAAUGCCUGUCUUUAUAAAACAAGUAAAUACGAUUUAUUUCGCAUAGUAGGAUAUUUAGACAUUAUUCGGUAUGUUUAUUAUUACCCAGAGAUGGUAACUUUUGUGUUUAAACGGAGCUGUUUUGUCUGGUGACGUUAAUAAUCCCUGACAGAUGUGAAGUAGUCUCCCUCGUUACAGUUGGACGGCAGCACCGACUUCAGCGGCUAAAACAGUUCAAAUACAACUAUAACAGAGCUUAUAAGAGUCACAUUUAUUUCAAGAAGAAAUUGCAACGCUGAAGGCAUGAGUAGGCGAGAAGGUGAAGGAUGUCCGCGGAGAAAUGCUGAUGCAGCGCACGAUCGUGAUGCGAGUGUUAACCCAUCAUCACCUGUCAUUGCUGCUUUCAAAGUUUUCCAACAGGAGCUUGACACCAAACACGACAAAUAUGAGCGUCUUGUUAAGAUCAGUCGAGACGUCACCAUCGAAAGCAAAAGGACCAUUUUUCUUUUACAUAGAGUGACCAGUGUACCAAAUGCAGAGGAAAUUCUGAAUGAAGCAGAAGUGAAGCUGGAUGCAGUCAGGCAGAAAAUCGGUCAAAUAGCCGAAGAGCUCAGAGGAGAAGACAUCUUUCAGUUUCACAGAGCUUUCACGCCAGGGAUCCAGGAGUAUGUGGAGGCCGUCUCUUUCUUGCACUAUAUCCGUCAUCGCAGCCUUAUCAGCCUGGAGGAGAUCAACGCCAGACUGGUGUUCAUGAGAACAGAGAAGGUAGAACCAAAGGGCACAGCUGACGCCCUGCAGCCAGGAAACCAGGUCCUGACCUUCCAGGUGACGCCCUCAGACUACCUGCUCGGCGUGGCCGACCUGACCGGAGAGCUGAUGCGGAUGUGCAUCAGCAGCGUGGGCAACGGCGACAUCGACACGCCCUUCCAGCUGAGCCAGUUCCUGCGGCAGAUCCACGACGGCUUCUCCUACAUCGGGAACACGGGCCCGUACGAGGUGUCCAAGAAGCUGCACACGCUGCGACAGAGCCUGGGCAAAGUGGAGGACGCCUGCUAUGCCCUGCGCGUCCGCGGUUCGGAAAUCCCCAAACACAUGUUGGCGGACGUGUUCUCCAGCAGGACCACACUCAUCGACCCUGAGGAAGGAGUGGUUUAAGCCCUGCAAAGCUUCUAUAACAUGUUUAUGUUCUCCAUGGUGUCAUUGUCUGCUUUAGUUUAGCUCCAGUUUGAUGUUUGUAUGUAUUUUUAAAUGGGGUUUGACAGAUGUUUGAUAGGGUUCGUGACAUGCUUGUUAUUAAUAUGGUUUUUAUCAUUACGGUAAAACAGUAUUACAAUAGACAAUGGAUUAUUUUUCUUUGAUAAGGAUCUGAUGACUUCAGUUGUUUUGCAUGAAUAAAAGUUAUGUGCCAAAUA